AUGCUGCUUGGGUCUGGUGAAUGUGCCACCACUGUGGAUCAAGCCAGGCUUAAUCCCCAUGCUUUUAGUCAAAGUGCUCAAAUUGCUCUCAGAGCUGUGCCCAACUCUCACACCAAGGAAACUUCUUCCUUUGUGAAUAUCCAUCAGGGUACUACAGAGGCAUAUAUUGACUUUAUUGACUGCCUCCAAGAAGCUAUUGAAAGACAAAUAGACAAAGGCAGAGCUGCCAAAACUCUUUUUGUGCCAGGAUCACCGCUGCACCGCAGCACUCCCGUGCCCCGGAUUGCUGUCGCGCCGAUUUUGCGCCAAAUUUCCCCAGACCUCCACGCGCCUGCGCCCGGCGCCAGCCCCGAGUCCUCUGCUCGGCUCAUCGUCCCCUACCAGUCUGGAUUCAGGGCCUCUCUUUUAGCUGCUGCAAGUAAGCGAGGUUUGAAAUGUUAUAACUGUAAACAGCCCGCUCAUCUGCACAGAAACUGUCCAUCCACACUGAGAGGGGGAAUAAGUAAUGACAAGCCUCCCUUCAAGGAUUGUCUGCACUGUGGCAAAGGCGAACAUUGGACAAGAGAGUGCCACUCUAAAUUUGAUAAAAAUGGCCAGCCCACCGUACAUGCCCACUGGCCCCACUUCCUCCUUCUGCACAUCUACUGGGCUCUCCUCCAGGCAGGUGCCGCUACAGUAGCCCCCGUACCCCUACGUGUGAGGGGGUAACCCUCAUCCCUCUCUCCUCUGGUGUAUAUGCUGAGCCUCUACUGCAGUCCAACCCAGAAGAACAUCAUCUGCAGUUUGCAGGAGCAAGAUGUGGAGGUGGAUGGGCAGAACUGGACUUUUGCUUUUGACUUCUCCUUCCUGAACCAAGAAGAGGAUUUGGAGUGGGUUGAUGGCCGGCUGCAGCUGUCCAGCCCUGUGGACCUUUCCCCUGAUGUCCCUCUCUCCGCUGAGAUUUUCCAUCAGCCAAAGCUGGAGGAACAUCAGGACCCAGCCAGCUGCCUGAAAUGUCUUUGGAUGGAACUGUUCACUGUCACUCUGUCCCAGGUUACCUUUUCUUCUGGCAGCAUGGUCCUAGAGGUGACAAGGCCACUCUCCAAGUGGCUGAAGCACCCCAGGGAACUGAAGGAGCAGAUGGCCAUUUUGGCUCAAGAGUGUUGGCAGUGGCCUCCCAUGCCCCCUGUCACCAAUGUGCUCCUCCUGCUCUAUUCCAACCUCUCUCCUGAGCAGAGGAGGCUGGGUGGCUCCACCUUGCUGUGGGAAGCUGCGAGCUCCUCGAGGGCCCAAGAGGGACAGCUCUUUCGGGAGAGGGGCAGGAGGCACCCUCGACAUCCUUUGCCUGACAGAAGCCAACUAUGUCUGACCGUCAAGUUUCAGGUGGACUUCAACCUGAUAUCCCCUAUAAUACUACAAGUCACGAAGCAGCCUAGGUAUAAUGCAGGCCCAAUCUCCCAAGGGAGAACCAAUCAGUGGUUUUGGCAUCCUGUAUGCCACCACACACCUAUGGGCUUUCCAAUAGGGCUGGGUUACAUUUGCCAUUGCCAGGCAGAUUGGCUCCCUAUAAUACUAGGAAUAAUGUCUUCCUUUAGUUGAUGUGAAAGGAGCAUUGCUAAUGUUGCUAACAAAAGGCAUUGCCUUAUUUUAAUCACAAAGAAGAAUGUGUGGCUCUGUAAAUGAACCUCCAAGAUUCAUAGUGAUUAUGCAAAUUGUACAAACAAGUAUGAAUUGGAGAUUGGUUGCUUGGUUUCCAUUUAUAUUAUAAAAAUUAUAUUUGCUCUUUGCAUUUCAAUUUCCUUGCCACACACAACUGAAGGCUGGGCUGGGAAAACACUUAAAUCCAGCAUCUUCAACAGACUCUUUUCAAAAUCAUUGGAAAGGGUAGGGGUGAUUGCUUUCAUUAGCUUGUUUAAUUUUGAUGAAAUUUACUUAUGAAGUGAACCAUAAAGUGCAUUUGGCUAUUAUAUAAACUUCUAGUGGUCAU